AUGGCCAGUCGAAGUAGGUCUUGUACGGACUCCGAGAUCAGGCUAGAUGGACUUACAGAGGUGGAGACAUAUAAAGACAAACACCUAUAUGCCGAUCCAGGAAACCACUCUAGCGACCAUUUCAAGCGUAGAAUGAGUCCUCUGAGGUUCAAAAUGCGUUCCUGGCUUGUGCAAUACACAGAGGAGCAAUCUGGAAGACUGAACAAAUGGCAGAUAAAGUAUCGCAGUCCUUGGAUGGACAAAUACUUUGCCUACACGGCAUUGAUGGGAUCUCAUAUGUUCUACGUGGUAAUGGUUCCCAUGCCGCGCUGGAUUGGAUACAGCGACGUGUGUCGAGACCUAGUAUACAUUCUGGGAUACUCCAUCUACUUCAGUGGGUUUCUUAAAGACUAUUGGUGUUUGCCAAGGCCAAAGUCCCCUCCACUAACUAGGGUAACACUCAGCGGGUAUACCACUAAGGAGUACGGUGCGCCCAGUUCGCACACUGCAAAUGCGACAGGUGUAGCACUGCUAAUGCUGUGGUACAUCUGCGGAUCCCAUACUCUGACAAUUCGUUGGAAAAUAUUGGCCACAAUAGGGACGUUCUUUUAUUAUUUUACCCUAACGUUGGGCCGAAUUUACUGCGGAAUGCACGGUAUCCUUGAUAUUGUUUCUGGAAUGUCAAUCGGCGCAGCUUGUUUUGCAGCCAGAUGGGCCGUUUUAUCCUAUUCUUCUCUGGAUAGUGCAAGCAUGCAAGAAUGGGGUUUUUGGUUUCCUUUUGCAUCAAUAGGUUUGGGGCUCUUCCUUUUGUUCAAACAUGUCGAGCCUGUGGAUCAUUGCCCUUGCUUUGAGGAUAGCGUAGCAUUUGUGGGUGUGAUCUGCGGCCUCGAGACCAGUGACUGGCUCAGCUGGGCUCUUUGGGGGUCGGAAAACUAUCAAGUGUACUACAAAUGGGCUGAAUUUGGUCUUCUGCUGACACUGAGGAGAAUUUUUAUCGGCGUCCUAUUGGUAAUUUUAUGGAAGAGCGUUGUAGGGAAAAGGUUGGUCUACGCGAUCCUCAACUCGAUUUUUAUCGACGACAGGAGUCUGUAUGUCCAUCAACACAGUGAGGCCUCUGCAAUGAAAGAAGUGCCUCUAUUUUCUGGUCGGUCACGAACCGAGCUUUUGGGAAGGUUUAUGAUUUAUGCGGGGGUGGCAUCUGUUGUAGUUCUCGCCUGUCCAAUAACUUUCCAGGUACUCGGUGUUUGA